AUGCGGGCCUGCUGCAAAUCAAUCUCCAGUUUUGGAUAUGACGCUCGAGAGGAGCUGUAUGCGGCAGCGAUGGCGGCGGAUGAGAAGAUUGAUCUACAUGAUCAGCACUUGGUCUUAAUCUUCGAGGACAGCUCGGUACUCGAGCUGAUACCUUUCAGAUCUUCAGUCGGAUUCGACUGGCGUUUUGCUAAGUAUUCGAUGUCCUUAGGACUUCUGGAGUCGAUCUCGACCUCCUUCGCAUAUCUCGUCCAUGUUCAAACUGCCAUUCUGGCUGUUUCCGGGGCUCAUCGGUAUAAGCAACAUUAUCACAUCACACGCAAAGUCCAGCUAUUUCAUGGUCUUAUCGCUCGGACAUUACCGGAGCUCAUCGAUCUCAGUAGUAUUAUCGCCAAACACGUACAGCCCGGUCUUGAAGACUUGAUUCCGUCGAGGUAUUACUCGACCUCGUCUUUACAAGUAGCCCGGAUGUAG